GGCGAGUUCGUGGUGCUGGCGUGCUCGGGUCGGGCCCGACCGCGGGGGAGCACUAGGCCGAGUGGGAGCGCGGCCCGAGCGGAGACCGGGAGCUGGCGGGAGGCUUUCACGAAGCGUUUGGAAACCGGAGUUUUCGAAUGGAGCUAGGUGGCGAAACAGAACAGAACCUGAGGACGCCUGUAAUUCCACAGGGGACGGCGUCGCUUCGUAAAGCAAAGAAAAUCACUGUAAAAACAUGUCUAGAUAAUCCCUUUGUUAUUCAUUGGAAAGCCAUUGAUGGAGAUGGUAUGCAUUUCAUAUUACAGACUUUAGAAGACAAGAUUAAAUGUAUUGGACUUAAAAAGAUAGAGACUCCAAGAAAGAAAAAAUGUUCCAUUACAAAAAACCAAACGGAAAGCAAGUGUGAUGCUAGCAACAAUGAACUCCCUGCCAAAGAAGAAACAGAAGGCCAUCGGCACGCACCUGGAUGGACUGACAUGGGCAUCAGAAGACAGCUUGCUAUUGGAAUUAAUGAAGUUACAAAAGCAUUGGAGAAAAAUGAACUGCUUCUCUUGCUGGUGUGCAAAUCUGCACAACCUGCCAUGAUCACGUCCCAUCUCAUUCAGCUGAGUGCAAGUCGAGCCACUCCAGCAGGCCAGGUUCCCCGCCUCAGUGAAACAGUCGCACCACUUCUUGGCUUAACAUCCAUUUUAGCACUAGGCUUCAAAAGGCAGUCUGAUAAAUUUAGUGAUGUAGUAGAAGCAAUAAUUCCAAAGAUACCUGCUUUGGAAGUGCCGUGGUUUCAGUACCAAACUGUAGGAUCUGCAGCAUGUGCAGAGUUGUCAGAAAUUGAUGAAGCUGAGCAGCUUGCAGAGACGCCGGAGGAGGAGCUCACAAGCCAGAAGCGGAAGCGUACAGAAAGCAAUCAGCUCGAUCUUUCUCAUGUAAUUUUGCAGCCUUUGAAAAUCAAGAAAGUUGUUCCAAAUCCAAAUAAGAUAAAGAAGCCACCUCGCAGAAAGAAAAAAGCUUUCUCAGCAUAACUGAUUUUAGUUCAGUUCUUCAGAUUACAGUAGUUUUUUUUACUGCCUAUGGAGUCAGCUGUAACUGAACUACUUUGUUAAGCUUUAACAGUGUAAAGCCGUUGGAACUCAGGGUUAACUAAUGUAUGAUGCAUCCAGGUGAGAUUCUUUCUGCUUUAAUAAAGAAUAUGGCUCAAA